CGCGUCCAGCCGGAGGGAGCCCAUGCGGUUCUUGCCAUGACUCCACCCGCCCAGCUGAGCCUCCUCGCGGCGUGGAUCUUCCUGUGGCUGCUGCAGCGCAACUCAGGUCUGAAGUGUGCCUGCCCGCUGUGCGACCGCGGCGUCUGCGAGACGUCGGCCGGCGGCGCCUGCUGGAACUCGGUCAUGUUGAUCGACGGCCGGGAGAAGACGGCGCGCUCGUGCCUGUCGCCGUCGGAGAUGAAAGGUCAGGUGUUCUGCUACAGCUCCCCCAGAGUCUCCAGGAGGAAGUGCUGCUUCAGCGACUUCUGCAAUAACCAGACCCUGCACUUGCAGCCCGAGAGGCCUUUGGGAGAUCCGGACAGGAGCGUCAGGCUGCAGCUGCUGCUGGUGAUAGCGGUGCCCUCCUGCCUGCUGUGCGUGGCCCUCGUACUCGGGGGGGUGUUUCUGGUGCAGAGUCGGCGCUGCCUGUACAGCCGGGCCCAGAAACACGACCCGGAAGAGACCCUGGACGACCACAUGCUCAUGUCACCCGACAAGUGUCUCAAAGAUCUCAUCCACGACAUGAGCACCUCCGGCUCUGGAUCAGGACUCCCCCUGCUGGUCCAAAGAACAAUCGCCCGCACCAUCGUCCUGCAGGAGAGCAUCGGGAAAGGGCGGUUCGGAGAGGUGUGGCGGGGAAAGUGGCGAGGAGAGGACGUCGCUGUGAAGAUCUUCUCCUCCAGGGACGAGAGGUCGUGGUUCCGUGAAGCGGAGAUUUACCAGACCAUCAUGCUCAGACACGACAACAUCCUGGGCUUCAUCGCCGCCGACAACAAAGAUAAUGGCUCUUGGACGCAGCUGUGGUUGGUGUCAGAAUACCAUGAACACGGCUCGUUGUUCGAUUACCUGAACAGGUACACCGUGUCGGUGGAGAGCGUGAUGCUUCUUGCCUUGUCCGUAGCCAGUGGUCUGGCUCAUCUCCACAUGGAAAUCAUUGGCACACAGGGGAAGCCAGCCAUCGCUCACAGGGACCUCAAGUCUAAAAAUGUCCUGGUGAAGAAGAACGGCACGGCUGUCAUCGCAGACCUGGGCUUGGCCGUGAAACACGACUCCAGCAGCAACAGCAUCGACAUAGCGUCCAACCACCGAGUUGGAACCAAGAGGUACAUGGCCCCCGAAGUCCUGGACGAGACGAUCAACGCCGACAAUUUUGAGUCCUUCAAGCGAGCGGACAUCUACUCCUUGGGUCUGGUGUUUUGGGAAGUGGCCCGCAGAUGCUCCGACCGAGGGCUUCAAGAGGAUUUCCAGCUGCCUUAUUAUGACCUGGUGCCUUCAGAUCCGUCCGUGGAGGACAUGAAGAAGGUCGUGUGUGAGCAGAAGCUCAGACCAAACAUUCCAAACCAGUGGCAGUGCUGUGAGGCCCUGCGUGUGGCGGGCAAACUGAUGCGAGAGUGCUGGUACGCCAACCCCGCCGCACGACUCACCGCCCUGCGGGUCAAGAAGACGCUGUCGCAACUGUCCAGCAUCGGAGACGUCAAAGAUUAGACACGGCGGGGCCGACCGCCACCAAAGGUACCCCCGCCCUCGGCCCCACGCGGUCUUCAGAAUACAACCUCGGCGAGCCGAAUAAGGUUGUUGGUGCCAAAGAAGUGUGGGAGGUGCCUGUGGCAGCUUAGCGCCAACGUUGAACCAAACGUGUGUGAGUAGGAGCCACGUCGUCGUAGAAAACAUGUGAAAACACGUGACUUUUUGCUACCUCAGAUAUUUAAAAGUGCUUGAUAAACCCUUUUUGUGCCAUUUCUCGUAGAGAACAGAGUUGCUGCUUAAAUAAUGUGCUAUUUGCAAAGGUUUCUCUCUUUAAAAAAAAAACGGCACGCUUACAGGACAUCCAUAAUAAUAAUGUGCUUAUUGUAGUUCAUGCUCCAAAACAACAGGGGGCAGCAUUGAUCCUGCACCAAUAUUUGAAGGUAUCAAAGGGCAACUCUUUUUAAAGUUGAUUACUCACAGUGGAACCUCUGCAAUCAAACACUUCUAAUUGCAUCCAUCCAUCCAUUUCCUACCGCUUGUCCCUUUUUUGGGGUGGCUGGAGCCUAUCUCAGCUGCAUUGGUUUGGAUUUUUGUUUUAUUCUCAUCAGAAAUAUUGGAAAUACAAAUAGUUCAUCAUAAAACAUUUUAUGAGCAGGUCAUCCAAAAAAUAAGUUUCCAUUUACUAUCAGUUUACUACCACUUAUUCCCUUUUGGGGUCGCUGGCGCCUAUCUCAGCUACAAUCGGGCGGAAGGCCGUGUACACCCUGGACAAGUCAUUGCAGGGCAAACACAAAUAGAAGGACUACUUUCACACUCACAUUAACAAAUAUUAAUCAAAUAACCAAAUGACGGAUGUAGUUGAAUGUAUUUUAACAUGCAUGCAGUUACAAUAUGGUACAUCCCAUAUUUACACUUACUCAUUGUCCCAAAAGGAUUCCGUACUAUAAGGCGCACUUAAAAUCCUGUUUUCCCCAGCGCGCCUUAUAACCCGGUGCGCCUAAUGUACGGAAUAAUUCUAGUUUUGCUUACCGACCUCGAAGGAAUUUUAUCUGGUACUGAUAAGCGUGACCAGUAGAUGGCAGUCAAACAUAAGAGAUACGUGUAGACUUCACUAUGAUGGCGAUAUAACUCAAGUAAACAACACGAACAUUUAAUGUGUUCCUUUGGAAAUAAAGAACAUUACACACGACGCUCAAAAAUCUAGCAAAAUGUUUUAGUACGACUUUGGUAAGCUAUGGUGCCGCACCGCUUGAUGGAUUGUCGGCGCUUUAAACAUACGUGUAUUAUUAUGGUGUGUGUAUAAGGUAAGACGUAUUAUCUGGCGUUUUGUUUCGCGAUAUUUUGCAAAAGCAACGUUUCUUACCUUCUGGUACCUGCUGAUCUGUAUUUGGGAUCUGCAUGAAUCAUGAACAUUUCGCGCCUUCGCCUUUGUAGUCCGUGGCGACGGCGUAGUCGAUAAGCUUCUACUUUUACUCGAUUUUCUUAUUAUGGGACAUCCAUCCUCCGCUGUUGCCAUUUCUAAUAUAAAGUGUUAAGUUCUUACUUAUAUCUGUCAGUAAGUUCGCCAUGAAAGCUCUAAAACAUACCGGUGUAGUGAGUUUAUAUUAUUCACUCAAGGAACUUUAGUUAUUAGAGAGUUCCGGUCGGACGGUUUUUCACGGGAAACACUUGUCGUUGUUUCCGGAUGAGGAGAAGCUGCUCCGUUAUUGAUUGAAGUGAAGUCUGAAUUUCAUUAAAACAGUUGAUUGAUUGAUUGAUUGAAAUUAUUAUUAGUAGAUUGCACAGUACAGUACAUAUUCUGUACAAUUGACCACUAAAUGGUAACACCCGAAUACGUUUUUCAACUUGUUUAAGUCCACGUUAAUCAAUUCAUGGUAAGUUAGCUCCAUCUUUUGACACUUCUUCCACUCCCGUCCUUGCACGCUACACCGCUACAACAAAGAUGACGGGGAGAAGACGGUGAAACGAAUGGAUGUACACAUGAGAUAGGCUCCAGCAACCCCCGCGACUCCGAAAGGGACAAGCGGUAUUGAUUGAUUGAUUGAAACUAGUAGAUUGCACAAUACAGUACAUAUUCUGUACAAUUGACCACUAAAUGGUAACACUCGAAUACAUUUUUCAACUUGUUUAAGUCCACGUUAAUCAAUUCAUGGUACAAAUAUAUAGUAUCAGCAUAACAGUCAUUAUACAAGUUAAUCAUCAGAGUAUAUACAUUGAAUAAUUUACAAUCCGGGGGGUGGGUUAGGUUGCUAACGGCAUAUUUCAGUCAUAGAAAAUGGAUGGAUGGGUGGAUCAUAUUGAUAUUUGUUAACCCACCGAAAUAUAAGCCAAACUAUUUUCUCAAGACCAGUUUAAAUACAAAACCAAAGACAAAAGUGUUAUUUCAUUUUUGUCAGAAUAUUUCUUGGUUGUUUGAUGAUUGCGCUUCAUUGAUCACGUUGUCUUAAAAUGAUCGUUAUGAUUGUAUGUAAGGGGAAAAAAAGCCUUAUUUUCUCUAUCUAAAAGAUACACGAUAUGUAAAUAUGCCAGAUUUUGAAGUCGCUUGUCUUUUUUAGGAUUUUUUUCCCCAUUAAAAAAAUGCUGUCUUAUGUUUGGUUAAAUUCCACUUUACUUCAAGUAACUUGCCGUGUAUAUCAUACUUGCCAACCCUACCGAAUUUCAAUGCCUCUACCGAAAAUCUCCCGGGACAAACCAUUCUCCCGAAUUUCUCCCGAUUUUCAGCCGGGUCUGAGUGAGGACAGCCUGUCGUCACGUCCGCUUUCCCUCCAUAUAAAUAGCGUGCUGGCUUAGUCACGUUAUAACAUCUACGGCUUUUGGAACUGCACACACAACAAGAAGGAGACUAUUAUAUAUGUCUCCGUUAUCCAUAGGGUUAUCUAUAACCCAUCAAGUAGGCAGGCACGGAGCUAUUUCUCAGCGUGUUUAUUUCAGCCGGCAUGUUAAUAAACUGGCACACAACAUCCGGAAUCCCAUCAUGCAUUGCUUUAAAACUACGGCAUGUAGUAAUGCCCAAAAAAAAAGAUAGUGACAGAGAAUAUACAAAAGGGACGGAACAAUUCAACCCUAAACUCACUCCUUUCCUGCAAAAUUAAAUGUCACAGAUGCUGCACAUACCUAUGCUCCUUCAAACUUCAAAGGCUGUGCUACUGUGGGGCGGCAUAGCUCGGUUGGUAGAGCGGCCGUGCCAGCGACUUGAGGGUUGCAGGUUCGAUUCCCGCUUACAAGCCAACCUAGUCCCUGCCGUUGUGUCCUUGGGCAAGACAUUUUACCCACCUGCUCCCAGUGCCACCCACACUGGUUUAAAUGUAACUUAGAUAUUGGGUUUCCCUCUGUAAAGCGCUUUGAGUCACUAGAGAAAACCGCUAUAUAAAUAUAAUUCACUUCACUUCACUACUGGUUGCAAAGCAUUGCACUUUCAAAUACAACAAUGAGUAGCGGAGUGUUAUGUGUGGAAGUAAAUGAACACUGAAAUUCAAGUUUUUGUUUUUUUUAUAUACCGCAUUUCCUUGAAUUGCCGCCGGUUAUAUAGUAUGCGCCUGCCUAGAAUUACUGCCGGGUCAAACUCAUUUUGCAAAAUAAUUAGCGCAUGCUUAGCAUUACCGCCGGCUCAGGAUUAACGCCGGGUCAGACUCGUUUCGCAAAAUAUUAUUUUUAUUAGCGCAUGUCUAGAAUUUCCGCCGGGUCAAACUCGUUUCGCCAAAUAAUUAGCAUACGCCUAGAAUUUCCUCCGGGUCAAACUCGUCACGUCAGGAGUGACACUUCACCUGUCAUCAUUUUCAAAAUGGAGGAGGCUGAUUUCAAUAAUUUUAAAUCGCAUAAAGCGAAGAAGAUUAAGAGCUAUUCAGUAGGAUUUAAGAUCCAAGCUAUUGAAUAUGCUAAAAAGAACAGUAAGCAGCCAAGUUUUAUUAAUAUACCGUAGCUGCGUGUGUCAAAUAUGACUCAUAAAAUGACUCCCUCCUCCUGGUGGUAGAGGGCGCUAGUGACUACUCUGCUGCAGAAGAAGUGACAACAAGCAGCAAGAGUGAGCAGCGAUCGUUUUUUUUUCCCUCUCGCUUGCACUUUUAACAUGGAGGAUUACAUAUCUAAAAUAAAACAGUUUUCUAAACUGGACUUUCAAUCAAAGCAGGAGGUAAUAAAGGAAGAUCUCCAUCGAGACAGAGAGACUUAAAACUGAAGAAAGAUAAGGAAGACUUCUAUAAACAAGUUAUCGCUACUUUUGAUCAGUAGGAGCCGCGCAUGGACUUCAUUUAUAAGUAAAGGUAAGACCAUAAUAACGUUCUUUUUUAUUAAAUGUGAUUUUCACGAUGGUAUCCUUACAUCACACUCAAAUUUCUAAGCGCAGGCCUAAAUUUACCGCAUGCCUUUGGUAUGCAAGAGUGAGCAGCGAUCGUUUUUUUUUCCCUCUCACUUGCACUUUUAACAUGGAGGAUUACAUAUCUAAAAUAAAACAAUUUUCUAAACUGGACUUUCAAUCAAAGCAGGAGGUAAUAAAGGAAGAUCUCCAUCGAGACAGAGAGACUUAAAACUGAAGAAAGAUAAGGAAGACUUCUAUAAACAAGUUAUCGCUACUUUUGAUCAGAAGGAGCUGCGCAUGGACUUCAUUUAUAAGUAAAGGUAAGACCAUAAUAACGUUCUUUUUUAUUAAAUGUGAUUUUCACGAUGGUAUCCUUACAUCACACUCAAAUUUCUAAGCGCAGGCCUAAAUUUACCGCAUGCCUUUGGUAUGCAAGAGUGAGCAGCGAUCGUUUUUUUUCCUCUCACUUGCACUUUUAACAUGGAGGAUUACAUAUCUAAAAUAAAACAAUUUUCUAAACUGGACUUUCAAUCAAAGCAGGAGGUAAUAAAGGAAGAUCUCCAUCGAGACAGAGAGACUUAAAACUGAAGAAAGAUAAGGAAGACUUCUAUAAACAAGUUAUCGCUACUUUUGAUCAGAAGGAGCUGCGCAUGGACUUCAUUUAUAAGUAAAGGUAAGACCAUAAUAACGUUCUUUUUUAUUAAAUGUGAUUUUCACGAUGGUAUCCUUACAUCACACUCAAAUUUCUAAGCGCAGGCCUAAAUUUACCGCAUGCCUUUGGUAUGCAAGAGUGAGCAGCGAUCGUUUUUUUUCCCUCUCACUUGCACUUUUAACAUGGAGGAUUACAUAUCUAAAAUAAAACAGUUUUCUAAACUGGACUUUCAAUCGAAGCGGGAGGUAAUAAAGGAAGAUCUCCAUCGAGACAGAGAGACUUUUAAAACUGAAGAAAGAUAAGGAAGACUUCUAUAAACAAGUUAUCGCUGCUUUUGAUCAGAAGGAGCUGCGCAUGGACUUCAUUUAUAAGUAAAGGUAAGACCAUAACGUUUUUUUAUUAAAUGUGCUUUUCAUGAUGGUAUCCUUACAUCACACUCAAAUUUCUAAGCGCAGGCCUAAAUUUACCGCAUGCCUUUGGUAAACGCCGGAGUGAGAAGAGGUUUUAAAUUAAUUGGCGCCCCGGCGGCAAUUCAAGGAAAUACGGUGUAUAUAUAUAUGAAAUAAAUACUUGAUUUUUAGUGAAUUGUAGCUAUAAAUAUACUCCUCCGCCCACCUCAAUCCCCCCCAAAUCUCCCAAAUUCGGAGUUCUCAAGGUUGGCAAGUAUGGUAUAUAUUCUCCUCUCACGCUCUUCUUAACACUAAUUAUUGCCUCAUCUCAUGUGAGGGUUACUGUUUUUAAUUGUUUGACUUUCGAGGUUCCACUGUAAAUUUCACGACUCAAAUUUUGGUCAAAGUCCAAGAGAGAGGGCAAAAAGGUGUGGCCAUUCGGUCGUAUGUAAAAAGAGAAUGACCAUCUUGGGUUUCAGGUGAUUUCAAGGAUUGGUCAAAAGGCACUCAAAGGGCGCCGUGACUGCUACUAACUUGGAGCUGAUGCUAUGUAUUUGUGGCGCUACCUCGUUAGCGUAUAAAUGCCCUGCUGUGCAGCUCCACCUGUUCAGGAGAGAACACGCAGAAGCUAAUACAAAUAAUAACAGAAUCAAUUAUUACAUUAAAGCAAGGGUGUCCAAAGUGAGGCCCAGGGGCCAUUUGCGGCCCGCAGGUCAUUUUUUAACGGCCCCACGGCAAAUUUUAAAAAUACGAUUGAAAAUGUUUUAAAAAUGUAAAAAGUGAUAUAAAGGAGCAAACGGGUGAAAUGUAACAAGAAAAUGUUGCAACGUUUACUCUAAUAACACAAAGCUGUCAUGCAGGCUGUUUCUUUCUUUAAAAAAAUAACAUCCAUCAUCUUCCGCUUAUCCGAGGUCGGGUCGCGGGGGCAGCAGCCUAAGCAGGGAAGCCCAGACUUCCCUCUCCCCAGCCACUUCGUCUCGCUCUUUCCGAGGGAUCCCGAUGCGUUCCCAGGCCAGCCGGGAGACAUAGUCUUCCCAACGUGUCCUGGGUCUUGCCCGUGGCCUCCUACCAGCUGGACGUGCCCUAAACACCUCCCUAGGGAGGCGUUCGGGUGGCAUCCUGACCAGAUGCCCGAACCACCUCAUCUGGCUCCUCUCCAUGUGGAGGAGCAGCGGCUUUACUUUGAGUUCCUCCCGGAUGGCAGAGCUUCUCACCCUAUCUCUAAGGGAGAGACCUGGAAACUCAUUUGGGCCGCUUGUACCCGUGAUCUUAUCCUUUCGGUCAUGACCCAAAGCUCAUGACCAUAGGUGAGGAUGGGAACGUAGAUCGACCGGUAAAUUGAGAGCUUUGCCUUCCGGCUCAGCUCCUUCUUCACCACAACGGAUCGGUACAACGUCCGCAUUACUGAAGAAAAAAAUAACAAUGAAUCAAAAUCAAUGUCAUUACGAAUUAUUGACCUAUUCAAGGCUCCAAUUACGUCACAUUAAAUUUUCCACUUUGAUAUAUUUUGGGGGAAAAUGUUGCAUGUUUUGUUUGCCAUAUAAAAAACUGAGCUGUUUUUUUUUUUUAAAGAAGGGCCUAAAAUGAACAAACGUAAACGACAAUAAAACUUAUAAUUGACGGAUAGACCUGAAGUUGAUCUCGAGAUUAUUGUGUUAAAAGUAAACAGUAAAAAAAAAUAUAAUUCAUUUUUUUUAACACUUUAAUGCAGGGGUAGGGAACCUGUGGCUCUUUUGAUGACUGCACCUGGCUCUCAGAUCAAUCUUAGCUGACAUUGUUUAACACGAUAAGUAUUGAAUAAUUCUGCUGGUAGUCACAGUGUCAAAAAUAACGUUCAAAAUAUAAAAAAAUUCUCAUGCAUUUUAAUCCAUCCAUCCGGUUUCUACCGCACCUGUUCAAGAAGUCGCAUUAAUGGUAAGAAGUAUUUUAUUUAUUGUUGGUCCAAAGUAGUAUUAGUAUAGUACUGUAAUACUAAUUAAUCAUAUCCGGUACUAUACCGCCUCUAAAAAGUACCGGUCGUUGUCACGUUGUGCCAUUGCUGGUUUUACGAGCAGACGAGCACGUACGGCAGCGCACAAUCACAGAGUACUUACAAGCAGACAUAGUGUGUAGACGGAAAACGGAUGCAUUUUGGCUUAAAAACUAAAGAUAAAGGUGAAGUUAUAACAUGGAAACACCCUCAGGAAGAGGUGCUUUAACACAUGGCUAGCCCAGUGUUGGAGCUACUUCUAAAUCACUAAUCCUCGUCUCCGUGGCGACAAAUAAAGUACGUUUCUUACAAGUACCAUUAUCACUGCAGGACGAGGAAUAGCUAAACAUGCUUCACUACACACCGUAGCUCACCGGCGUCACAAUGUAAACAAACGCCGUUACAUCCACUGUAAUGAUACCAAGUACAGGAGCGAAUCUAGUCGAUACUGCUCUGAUUACAUUUAUAUUAUUUAGCAUCACAAAAUAUGUUUUCGUUUUAAAAAAUGUAGAUUAUGUUUAUAAACUCAGGAAAUAUGUCCUCGGACACAUGAGGACUUUGAAUAUGAUCAAUGUAUGAUCCUGUAACUACUUGGUAUCGAAUUGAUACACAAAUUUGUGGUAUCAUCCAAAACUAAUGUAAAGUAUCAAAGAAGAGAAGAAUAAGUGAUGAUUACAUUUUAACAGAAGUGUAGAUAGAACAUGUUAAAAGAGAAAGUGAGCAGAUAUUAACAGUAAAUGAACAAGUAGAUUAAAAAUUAUUUUUUUACAGUUUGUCCUUAAUAAUUUGGACAAAAUAAUAGGUAAAUAAAUGACACAAUAUAUUACUGCAGAUCAAUUAAAAGCCUUUGUUUGCUUACUUACUAAUAAAAGAACAUUUUCUAGUAUGUUCACUAUUUUAUUUAAGGACAAACUUGCAAUAAUAAACAUAUGUUUAAUGUACCUUAAGAUUUGUUGUUAAAAUAAAGCCAAUAAUGCCAUUUUUUGUGGUCCCCUAUUAUUUAGAAAAGUACCGAAAAGUGUGUGUGUGUGUGUGUAUAUAUAUAUAUAUAUAUAUAUAUAUAUAUAUAACCAAAUGUAGCCUAGACGUGCACAAAAUUCAAUCAAUCAGGUCAAUACAGUGAAAACAAAGAAAGUUGACCGGAUUCCGUAAAUGAACAAGGAAGUCGCUACCACUAAAAAACAAAAAUAAAAUAAAAUGUCGCCACACCUUAAAAAUGAGUGUUUUUUCACGUGAAAAUAAAUUAAAAGUUAAGUUUUUAAGUACCACUGGUAG